CCCUAAAAAGAGCGCUCUGAGUCUGUCAUUUUGGACACGCCUUCACGUGACAGCUGAAACAGGAAACCCCCGCGGAGCACCGAUGCAUCUUCUGACAGGUUACUCCGAAAAAUCCUAAAAUAAUAGUCACUUUUGUCGUGCGUAAAAGACAUAAAAGUGAAAUAAAUGAGCGCGUUUUACCGUCCGAAAGAGUUGGAGGAGGAUUUGAGCGGAGUGAACUGUCCCGGGGAUGAUUUUCAAUUUGAGGACCUGUUUGAAUAUGAGGCACCUUGCAGCGAAACGGCGGAGAAUCGUCAAGAUGACCCAAACCUCAUCUCUCACAAAGUGCUCAGUCCAGACUCAGAGCACUCCUUUCCCCUGGAGGAUCCAUCUCCGUUUCACCUCAAAUCGUGCAGUCCGUCCUACAGCGACCCAAACCACAGUGAAGCCUUACCCGCUUACGAGCACCCAGACACCAGAGGGGGGUACCUGGCCCUCAGCCCCCGCAUCGAGAUCACUCCAUCCAGGGAACACUUUCAACAUGACCCCCUUCACAACCAUCACCAAAACCUCAGCCCGCGCCCCACUCUCACUGUCCCUGGACAUGAGAACCUAGUUUACCGAGAACCACAGUGCCUAAGUCCAGCCAGCAGCAACUCCUCCACAUCCUGGCAUUCAGAGAGCUACUCACCGUGGGCAUCUCCGUGCGUCUCUCCCAGUAACAGCGCACAGAACGCGGGUGACCUGUGCCCGCGCUUCCAGAACAUCCACACUGGGUCUCCGCGCACCUCCCCGGGCACGUCCCCUCGCACCAGCCUGACGGAGGAGGGCUGUGUGGGGCCACGCUCACCUUCGCCCAGGGCAGGGUCACGAUCAACGUCUCCACAAGGGAAACGAACCUACGAUAUGUACCGCAAUCCAGCUUUGCUCCCUGGUCACCGCUCGAGAAGCCCCUCCCCUCACGGUCGUCAUGACGACCAGAGCGUUGGUGCGCACUACCCCGGGCUCGGUGACUCCAUGAACGGGUAUGGCACGGGUCAGCCUGGCCUGAUGCCCACCAAGAUCGAAACCAACAAUCAGCUCUACACAGUGUACCCCGAACACAACGGAGAGGCCAACUACCUGGUGUCAUGUCAGGAGGAGCUUAAGACAAAGCCCACUACGGAAUCUUUCUUUGUCAUACCACAGAUUUGGUCCAAACCGCUGGUGCCUAGCCUAUGCAGUAUCCCGGUCUCUUCCCUCCCUCCUCUGGAAUGGCCCCUCCCCUCCCGCACAGACCAGUACGAGCUCCACAUCGAGGUGCAGCCGCGGCCUCAUCACCGAGCGCACUACGAGACCGAGGGGAGCAGGGGCGCGGUCAAGGCCCCAACGGGAGGUCAUCCGGUCGUACAGUUACACGGUUACAGAGGCAAAGAACCCCUGGGGCUGCAGAUCUUCAUUGGGACGGCAGAUGAGAGGAUCCUCAAACCUCACGCCUUUUACCAGGUCCAUCGCAUCACGGGAAAAACUGUGACCACCAGCAGCUACGAGAAGGUCCUCCACGGAACCAAGGUCCUGGAGAUCCCCCUGGAGCCCAAGAACAACAUGAAGGCAAUAAUUGACUGUGCGGGGAUCCUGAAGCUGAGGAACGCAGACAUCGAGCUGCGUAAAGGAGAGACAGACGUGGGCCGAAAGAACACUCGGGUCAGGCUGGUGUUCAGAGUGCACAUCCCACAGCCUAGUGGCAGCAUGGUGUCACUGCAGGCAGCAUCACACCCCAUCGAGUGCUCCCAGCGGUCGGCUCACGAGCUCCCCCUGGUGGAGCGUCAGGACAUAGACAGCUGCUGUGUUCUGGGAGGGCAGCAGAUGAUCCUGAACGGACACAACUUCAGCUCCGACUCCAAGGUCAUCUUCAUGGAGAAAACACAAGAUGGACAGCAGAUCUGGGAGAUGGAGGCCACAGUGGACAAAGACAAGAGCCAACCUAACAUGCUUUUUGUGGAGGUGCCUUCGUACAGAGACCCGUCUGUGCUCCAUCCGGUCAAAGUGAACUUCUAUGUGAUCAAUGGCAAAAGGAAACGCAGCCAGCCACAGCACUUCACCUACACCCCACUGCCAUCUCCGUCCAUUAAAACGGAGCCUCUAGAUGACUAUGACUUCGUGAUGCCUCAGAUGUUUUACCACAGUCAAAGAGGAGUCCUGCAUCCAGAAAACAACCUGGUCCCCAACAUGGCAUCAUGUCUGGGCUCUGGCAUCUCAGAGGAGGGGAGGUUCCAGCAGCAGAGCUCGGCCAUAGUGUUCUCUCGUGGGGGUAAAUCGUUGAACUCGGGCCUGUACCAGCAGCACACCCCCGGAGUGAUGCCCGACCCCCAUCACCGCUCAGUCCUGGUGCACACCGGAUCACCUGCGCAGCACCAGUCAAUCAUACAGUUUUCUCCGACCAAUCAGCACCUGCUACCGAGAGCAGGGGAAGCUUUAGCCCCGCCCCCUCAUGAUAAUCAACAGGUGGUGUACUGUGAAGGCUACUCUCCACAGGCCCACUCCCCCUCUCACCCCCAGUCCUACCCCACAGUGAUCCAGCAGCAGUACCUCCAGAAGACUCCUCCUCCCCCUUCAGCGCCGCAGCAGCAGAAAGCACGCGCCCCCUCAGCCCCUCAAGACCCACAACGCAGAGUCACAGUCAAAGAGGAGAAUCUGGACCAGGCUUAUCUCGAUGAUGUGAAUGAAAUCAUCAGAAAAGACCUGACCGGAGUCCACGCCAGAGGGCACUCAUAGAGGAAGUGACAUCAUAACCCGCAGACGCAUCACCACGGCAACUCAACAUCUCACUUCCGUAGUUUCAAGUUGGCAUAAAACCAAAACAGAAUCCAGAGCUUUACAUUCACCAAAGUGCCUUCGACCUUUGAGGGAAAAAUGUUUGUGUAAGGACAUUAUGGGUCCAAUCAUUCCAAGUUCUGUAAAUCUAAACCAGGUAUAAACCAGGUCUAAACCAGGAUUUAAUGAGGUCUAAACCAGGAUUAAGACAGGUUAUGGACAGGGUCGGGAUUAGGUCCAAACUAGGCUCGAACCAAACCAGGAAUAAAACCAGUAUGGGGAAAAAAAAGAACUAUACAAGAUCUAAACCAAGACUAAACCAGGACUAAACCAGGACUAAACCAAGAUAUAGACUUGAGAAAAACCAGCACUGAAAGCAGAACUGAACCAGGUCAAAACAAAGGUCUAUACUGGGUCAAAAUCAGUUACAAACCAGGACUGAACCAGGUCUAAACCAGGACUAAAUGAGGUCUAAACCAGGGUCAAACCAAACCAGGAAUAAAACCAGUGUGGAAAAAAAAAAGAACUACACAAGAUCUAAACCAAGACUAAACCAGGACUAAACCAAGAUAUAGACUGGAGAAAAACAGGUCUAAACCAGAAAUAAAGCCAGUACUGAAAGCAGAACUGAACCAGAUCGAAACAAAGGUCUAUACUGGGUCAAAACCAAGGACUAAACCAAGACUGAACCAGGACUGAACCAGGUGUAAACCAGGAAUAAGACAGGUUAUAGACAGGGUCAUGAUCAUGUCCAAACUAGACUUGAACCAAACCAGGAAUAAAAUCAGUAUGGAAAAAAAAAAGAAUUAUACAAGAUCUAAACCAAGACUGAACCAAGACUAAACCAGGACUAAACCAAGAUAAAGACUGGAGAAAAACAGGUCUAAACCAGAAAUAAAACCAGUACUGAAAGCAGAACUGAACCAGGUCGAAACCAAGGUCUAUACUGGGUCAAACCAGGGACUAAACCAGGACUGAACCAGGACAAAACCAUGCCAAACUAGGCCUAAACCAGGACUAAAUCGGUCUUAUUCUAACAAAACAGAUCAGUUGGACCCGUAACUAGGAUUACAACAUCAGUGCCAAAAAUACAGACUAUAGCUUCAGCCAUUUCUGUUCCGAUAUUUAUUUCAAACUUACCACACGGACGAUAAGGGAUUUUUUUUAUUAUUUUUAUUUUAUUUCAUUUUUUAUCAAUAUUUCAUGUGGAUCAUCUCAUUUCCAAAAUGCAGUUCAGAAACACACUGCCUUUUAGUGACUCGAUUAUGCACUGUUCGAAAAAAACAGGGGUAAAAUUCAAGUUUUUUUAUUCUGAAUUUGUUAAGUUUUGUAAAUAGUGAAUAUAUUUGAAUAGCCUUUAUAUUGCGUAUUAUUCAGGAGGUGUGCCAAAGUGUCUAUAAUGUAAAGGGAACAUGAGCCAAAACUUAUUCUAAUCGGAUUUGUGAGAAUAACUUCAUUUAUUGUGCAGAUUUUAGACAAUAGUUUCAACUUUUAACAUUACAAAAAUCUCCAAAUGUGGAAGAUCAUUUGUCUCAUCAGAUUUGUAACUUUAAAGGCCUGUAAAUUUAAAGAAGCACUAUGCAGCUUUUCUGGUUUAAGGGCUCCAGCACCUGCUUGUCUCCAUGGAGAUGUUAUUGCUUUGCCUAGAAAGUUCCACAGUAUGCUUUAUAUCUUACAUUCAUUCAAUUACAGAUGUUUUUAAUGAUCAAAAUAGUCUAAAAAUAAUGCGUUCUUAUUGGAAGUUGGCUCGCUUCUCCACAGAUCUGACCUGUAACAGCUUCUUCAUACAUGCAUGCCAUACUGUGGAACAUUCCAGUCAAACCAUAAAUAUCUCCAAUGCUAAAAAAAUGUAACUGUGUUGAAAUUUAUGAUGAAAUUGUGACUGAAAUUCAGAAUCCAUCAUUUCUAAUAAUGUUUCAAAUCUAUAGGCCUUUUAAUUAAGCAAAUUUGAUUAAAGGUCCUACAUUACGCAAAAUUGUGAGCUUUAAAUCAUGUUAUAAUUCUGUUACCUCCUCAAAAACUUACCUGUAUUAUUAGUCGACAUCUCCAAAACUUAAAAUCAGGUAUGUUUUUGAUCAGGAAACGUUAUAACAUAGAUCAGAAAAUGGUGUAAUAUCAGCCCUUUAAACAAAUGUGAUGUCAAGACCAAAUUCUGAUACUUGUGCAGAAACUAUUGUAAGAGCUAGUAUUACAAUGACAUCAACCAAAAUAAAGGUGAAAGUCAGAAUCACCUGUCUUCAUCUCAGUGAAUUUUAACCAAAUAAGUGCCAUUUUACAUCCUUUUAAAGGGAAAAAGUUAAAUAUUUAUAAAACUAAUAAGAUUUUUUUUGUUUUGUUUAAGAGACAUUUUCUAUGAGCCAGUGCACUCGCUUAUGUCUUGAAUGUAAAUCUAAACUGUAGUCUUAUUCUUUUUGUAAAUAACCUGUUUUACUGCUCCAAUUUGUCAUACUAAAAGAGGAGAAUUGUCGUCUUAUUUUUGUCAAUAAGGAAAAUCUUAAACUGUCAUCUCUUAAAUAUUUAAUUUUGUUCAGUUGUGUUUUAUUUGACAUUAUGUUAUAAAAUAUUGUAGAGUUUUGAUGUGUUAUCAUUCCCUGUGCCUAUAGACUUGUACUACCUUCUGCUCUUUGCUCUAAAGCUAUUUUUGUAUUCUGACAGUAGCAAUAAAUAACCAUCAGCUGAA